AUGGCGCUGCGGCCCGGGCCCGGCGCGGGGGGCGCCGGCGGGGCGGGCGGCGGAGCGGCCGGGGCCGCCAGCUUCAUGUUUCCCGUCGCAGGUGGUUUGGGCCCCCCUCAAGGGAUGAUUCCUAUGCAACAGCAAGGGUUUCCAAUGGUUCCUGUCAUGCAGACCAACAUGCCAGGGAUGAUGGGAAUGAAUUAUGGCUCUCAGAUGCCUCCUGGACCCAUGGCCAUGCAGGGUGGCAUGGCCCUGGGGCCGAUGCCAGCAGCUGGAAUGCCCUACAUGGGACAGGCCUCCUUCCUGGGAAUGCGCCCGGCCGCCCCGCAGUACAGCCCCGACAUGCAGAAGCAGUUUGCAGAGGAGCAGCAGAAGAGGUUUGAGCACCAGCAGAAGUUCUUAGAGGAAGAAAGAAAACGGCGGCAGUUUGAAGAGCAGAAACAAAAGCUGAGACUCCUGAGCAGUGUGAAACCCAAGACAGGUGAAAAAAGCAGAGAUGAUGCUUUGGAAGCCAUUAAAGGGAACUUAGAUGGCUUUUCUAGAGAUGCCAAAAUGCACCCAACACCAGCAACGCAUCCAAAAAAGCCAGGCUCUUCCUUGGAGGAGAAAGCCUUAGCUAAUGGCUCAGAUGAAUCUGAACAAGAGCAAACCAAACUUAAAACGUCCGAAGUUGGGCACAAAGCCUCGGCUGCAAGCCAAGCCCAUCCCAGCCUCACCAGCAGUGACUGGGAUGUUGUAGGUGGACAUGAAAGUGGUCCCACUGCUGCUGCAGAGGUGCACAAGGCUUCAGAACAAAACAGAGCAGUUGAAGAGUGUGGAGUUGGAGUGUUCCCUCCCCAGGACCCCAUCCAGCAAAUUAUGCCUGCCUGGAUUUACAACGACAGCUUGGUCCCAGAGCUGUAUAAGAAAAUCUUAGAAACCACUCUGACUCCUGCUGGAAUUGACACAGCCAAGCUCUACCCCAUCCUGAUGUCCUCAGGACUGCCCAGGGAGACCCUGGGGCAGAUCUGGGCCCUGGCCAACCGCACCACACCCGGGAAGCUGACCAAGGAGGAGCUCUACUCCGUGCUGGCUAUGAUAGCAGUGACCUAGAGAGGGAUCCCUGCCGUGAGCCCUGACGUGCUGAACCAGUUUCCAGCCGCGCCCGUCCCCACCCUGUCCGGCUUCCCGGUGCCGCUGCCCGGCGGGGUGAGCCAGCCCCCGCUGCUGCCCGCGGCUGCCCCGGCCUCCGUGGGGCUGGGCAUCGGGCCCUCCGUGAUGGGCAUGAGCAUCCCGGCUCCAGCCCCGGCUCCAGCCCCCGCUUCCAGUGCGGCACAGCCUUCCGGAGCCUUCCUGCCCUCCUACCCGGCCGGCCAGGUAGUAAAACCAGAAGAUGAUGACUUCCAGGAGUUUCAGGAUGCCUCAAAGUCUGGCUCCCUGGAUGACUCCUUCACUGAUUUCCAGGGGGAGGCAGCCAAAGCAGCCAGCUCACAGCACCGGAGCAGUGUUCCUUCUUUACUAAUGCCACUCCCAGGUACUAAGCCACUUUCACCAGCUGACAAAUAUGCUGUGUUUAAAGGAAUGGCAGCUGAGAAGCCUUCUGAGAGUGCAGCUGCUUUUGGAGAUGGAGGGGACAAGUACAGCGCUUUCCGGGAAUUAGAGCAACCAGCAGAAAGCAAAUACUUGGGAGAGAACCUUGCAGAGUUCAAGCCCACAGGAUCCGACGAUGGUUUCACAGAUUUCAAAACCGCUGACAGCAUCUCCCCCUUAGAGCCACCCUCCAAAGACAAAACCUUCCCUGCACCCUUCCCUCCUCUGCCUGCUCAGCCAAAACAGCCAACACAAGCCAAGCCCCCUUUGAAUCUGGCAGACUUGGAGCUCUUUUCCUCUCCUGGAGAAAACAAGCAGCCAUCCUUCCCACCUGCAUUUAACACCUCAAAACCGGGCUCCUUCCCCCCCCCACCCCUUCCAUCCGCCUCUGCCCAGCCAGCACCCAGCAAAACUUCAAGCUUAGCUGAUGACUUUGGAGAGUUCAACCUCUUUGGGGAAUUUUCUAACGGCGCAUCAGCCGGCGGACAAGAUGACUUUGCAGAUUUUAUGGCUUUCAACAACAGCGCGGGGUUUUCCGAACAAAAACCUGACGACAAAUACGACUCCCUCAAGCAGGAGGCCAGCCCUGCUGCUCAGGCUGGCUCCUCGGGCAGCACGGUGACGGGUGGGCAGAGCUCUGCCACCACUGCUACGCCCACCAAGUACGACAUCUUCAAGCAGCUGUCCCUGGAGGGCUCUGGAGCGGGCUUCGAGGAGGCCAAGGACAGCGCGCUCUCCUCGGUCAAGAGCGACGAUGACUUUGCUGACUUCCACUCCAACAAGUUUUCUUCCAGCGGCGCCGAGAAGUCUCUGGUGGACAAAGUGGCAGCUUUCAAGCAGGCCAAAGAAGACUCGGCUUCGGUGAAAUCCCUGGAUCUGCCUUCCAUCGGCGGCAGCAGCGUGGGCAAGGAGGACUCCGAAGACGCGCUGUCUGUUCAGUUUGACAUGAAACUGGCUGAUGUGGGAGGAGAUCUUAAGCAUGUCAUGUCUGAUAGCUCUUUGGAUUUGCCAACAGUUAGUGGCCAGCAUCCACCAGCAGCAGAUGUGGAUGACUUAAAGGGUGGCCCGUUUGGAAGCUGUCACAGUGGCUCUGCAGUCAGCAGCCUGGCCAGCUACGACUGCUCCGGCUCCGACAGGGACGAAGGCCAGCAGGGCAAGCGGCUCUCGGCGAGCGGCUCCUCGGCGGCCACCGCCGUCCUCCAGAAGAAGGAGACCUUCUUUGGCAGCUCGGAAAACAUCACCAUGACGACGGUUUCCAAAGUGACAACCUUCUCCAGCGAGGAUGCUCUGCAGGAUGUUUCCUUCGCAGCCUUCGCCAACUUUAAGGAGUCGGGGCCGGUCUCCAGCGGUGCCGGCGACGACGACGUCGGGGAUUUUGGGGACUUUGCCAGGCUUCCCUCGGAAGCUCAGGAUGCAGCAGCGGCUGACACGGCCCUGGGCGCCGAUUUCCUCGCUGGAGCCUCCUCUGAGCUGCGGAGAGAGGCCACGGACGACUUCGGAGAGUUCCAAAGUGAAAAACCAAAAAUCAGCAAGUUCGACUUCUUGGUGGCCACUUCCCAAGGCAAGGUGAAAUCCAGUGAGGAGAUGAUCAAGAGUGAGCUGGCCACCUUUGACCUGUCUGUGCAAGGGUCUCAUAAGAGGAGCCUGAGCCUGGGGGACAGAGAAAUCAGCCGUUCCUCCCCUCUGGCAGCCCUGGAGCAGCCGUUCAGGGACCGCUCGAACACGCUGAGCGAGAAGCCAGCCCUGCCCGUGAUCAGGGACAAGUACAAGGACCUCACUGGGGAGGUGGAGGAGAGUGAGAGGUACGCCUACGAGUGGCAGAGGUGCCUGGAGAGUGCCCUGCAGGUCAUAAAGAAAGCCAAUGACACCUUAAAUGGAAUCAGCAGUUCAUCUGUUUGCACUGAAGUUAUCCAGUCUGCCCAAGGCAUGGAAUAUUUACAGGGGGUUGUUGAAGUCUACAGAGUGACAAAGAGGGUGGAGCUGGGCAUCAAAGCAACUGCUGUGUGCAGUGAGAAGCUGCAGCAGCUGCUGAAGGAUAUUGAUAAAGUGUGGAACAACCUGAUCAGCUUCAUGUCCCUGGCUGCUCUGACGCCAGAUGAAAACUCCCUGGAUUUCUCUUCCUGCAUGCUGCGCCCCGGGAUUAAAAACGCCCAGGACCUUGCCUGUGGAGUGUGUCUCCUAAACGUGGACUCCAGAAGCAAAAAAGAAGAGAAACCUGUGGAAGAACUUCCCAAAAAAGCCUUUAAUUCUGAGACAGAUAACUUCAAGCUGGCAUAUGGAGGGCACCAGUACCACGCCAGCUGUGCCAACUUCUGGAUCAACUGUGUGGAGCCCAAACCCCCAGGUCUCAUCCUGCCAGACCUGCUCUGAGAGCAGCUGCACUGCAGGUGGAGCUUUGGGUGUCACUGUGCAGGACCUGGGGUAACUGCUCUGUGGAGAGGCUGCAGCUGGGCCAGGUUUGAAACCUUUGGGCUUGAUUUUUGGUCCAAAAAUCAAUGGAUUAAAGCCACUGUUACAGAUGGUGAAGAAUUCACUUGUAAUGGCCAAGGUUUCAGGAAUAACUGGAUAUGUAGUAUGGCAAAAAAAGAAAACAAAAGAAAGUGGCAUUUCAGUCUUUGUGAAGAUGAAAACAUUAUCUUGUGCAAAAGCAGCUGUAACCAUGUGCAUGGGAGAGGCCAGCAUGGAACUUCCCAGAGAGCCUGGAAUGCUGGGCUCAUUUGCACAGAAACAACCACUGAAAUACUUGAAGUCUGUAUUUGCAAGCAAAUCUUUUCCUUAACGUUUUUGGGACACAGACCUUGAUGUUCUUUAAGUAUUUGCUGCUGUGAUAUCACAGCCCAUGAGUCACAGCAGCAUCCAGGCAGAAUGAAUUGUUGACUCAGAAGGAGAAGCUGCUGGGUGUUUGUGCUUCCAGUGCUCUGUGGUGGAAGUUGUGCUUGAUCAGAACUGGUUAGUGCUGGAAGGUGAGCACUGGAAAACUGCUGUCAUUUUCCCUGUGCUGUGUGGAUUCUGUAGUGCAGGCAGCUGGAGUUUAAAACUCACAGUCUUUGUUGUAAAUACAGAUAAACUUCCCUGGAUUUGUCCUGAGCUCCAGGCUGGGUUUUGUCUCUCCUGACCUUUUGGGAGCUGUGUGGCUGCAGCACUGCUGGAAGCUGGACUCUGCUGAGGCAGCACAUCUGCUGCUGUGGAGAUUCUUUCCCUUUUUUGGCUGUGGAGAUGCUGUUGCUGAUGAUGGGAUGGCUGUGUGUGACUCCUGCAGUCUGCUGCUACCUGUAGCAACGUGUUCCUGUGACUCAGAGCUGGCAGCACAAGGUGGCCCCUGGCUGCUGCAGCAGGGAGUGGGAUCUAACACCCAGAGGGAAUUAACCCUGGAAUUUGGUGGUCUCAGCAAGCUGUGUUUGAAGCAGGCUUUGUGUCCCUGCUGUUUGUGGCUUUUGCAGGUGCCUCUCUGGACAGGUUUGUGUCACAGACUCUCACUGAAUGUUACCUGUACAUCUAAAGUACCUGGUUCCUCCUUCAGAUCCGGUAUCCAGAGGACAGUGCAGGCAAUGGAGUGCUGGUUACAGGAUUUUAACCCUGGGGGAGCUUCAUGGUGUUACAAGGGACACCCCACAACCCUGUCUAGGGCUGCAGGGAAUGAGGUGGGCUGUAAAUCCACAGGGCACUACUUUCUCCUUAAUUCUUUGGCUUAGUCUCUCAGAUCUGUUCCUUUCCUCCAGAGAGCUCAACAGCUUCUCCAAGUUAAUCCUGCCCCCAUUACAAGUACCUGACACUGACCUGUGAUUAUUUGCUGAAACAGAAAUUACAAUGAGGAAAACGAUGCUUUGUAUUUAAAAAACAAACAGGCUUAGUUGUACGAAACUAUUAAUUAGCCCAAAUGAAAGAAUCUUGGCUCAGAGGUGUCUGGCUCCUUCCUUACACCAAUUACAAUAAAUCUCCUUGCUGCCUCAAAUUAGCUCAUUCAUGAAAUAAAGCACCGUGUGCCUGCAGCUCCAGCUGAUCCAGAGGCAGAUUUCCCGUGCUGUGCUUCCCACAUCCUGCCCAGCAAUUACCAAAAAAAGCAGGGAAACAACUCCUUGCUUCUCUCCCUUUCAUUUUUUGGAGCUCCAGCACCACAGCUUGUUUUCCAGCACAGUGAGGCUGCUGUGCCCCUCACCAGAGUUCCCACAGGAGUUUGGGGACAGGGAGCCACUGGCAGGUGUUCUCCAGUGAUGGGAGAGGCUGGGAAUGCUGUGUUGGGAAAAAGGAUUUUACUGUCAGCCACCACAGCUCCCCAGCACUUUGCUAGAGAGGAAUUUUGUCCCCUUAAUUGAAAGAAAAUGCCACAGAUCAGAGGCCAUGGUGUGAAAUGUGAAAGCAGCUGCUGCGUUGUCACAGGAGCAUCUUCCAUGCUGGUUUCUCUGUACCUGUUACCAGCUCAGCCCCUCUCUGAGCUGCAGCCAAGGUGUCUUUUGGCCCAUAAAAAAAGGGAAAGGACAUUUUACAAUUCCAUCUGCAGCAGAGCUCACUGAAGGGUGACACUGCUGCUCUCCUGCUCCCAGGCACCAUCCCUGUCCUCGUGGGGCAGGGAGGGCUCUGCUGCCAGCAGCUUCAGCCAGGGGAGCACAGGGAGGCUUUGCAUGGAGAUCCCCUGGGUGAAGGCAGUGCCCAGGAAGGAUCAGCUGCAGAUCCCAGUCAUUCCAAUGACUCACUGGAGCAUUCAGCAUCCUCGGAUGUUGUUGCCAGCCAAAGCCCAGUGUCCUUCCAAGCUGUAUCCAAGGUGACAGGAUUGUCACAGCCCACCUUCCCCCGCUGCCUCUGCUGCAGGACACGCUGCCUUCCCUUUGCUUGGGUCCAAUUUCAGACCUGUAACUCCUUUUCCUGCAUGGAUUCUCUCACUGGAAAAGAGAAACGAGAUUUUCUUUGUUUUUUUAGGCAGACAAAAGGGGCUGCCUUGGCGUGACCCGUGGUGAGUGGGGUUUGUGUCUCUUUGUGUACAGUGGCAGUUCUGAGGAACCAUUUGCUCGGUUAUUUAAUGUAUUUAUGGCUUAACCCCGUGGUGUUCCUGGUGCUCCCCUGCCCUGGCAGCUUCCCCCUGCUGCUGGGGGCUGCUCCAGCCUCUGCCCUGCUCCUCCCUCCUGGUGUUUGGCUGAGUCCCUGCAGCCCCGGAGGUCACCCUGGCAUUGUCACCCUGGCAUUGUCACCCCCGGAGGUCACCCUGGCAUUGUCACCCCUGGCAUUGUCACCCCCGGAGGUCACCCUGGCAUUGUCACCCCUGGCAUUGUCACCCCCGGAGGGCACCCUGGCAUUGUCACCCCUGGCAUUGUCACCCCCGGAGGUCACCCUGGCAUUGUCACCCCCGGAGGUCACCCUGGCAUUGUCACCCCUGGAGGUCACCCUGGCAUUGUCCCCCCUGGAGGUCACCUGUGCCCUGGCAUUG